AGUGAUGCAGCUGCCCUUCCACUCGCUUCCACUCUGCCUUGCACCAAACUCUUAGCUGUUCAAGUCAAUUAUCCUUCGUCGUAUUCAAUACUCACUGCCUCCACGAUCCUAACCUACUAUUCCCACGCUGAUGUGCCUAUCGGUGCUAUCAGACCUUUCAAUGACAGCAUAUUCACCGACACACACUACUAUCAAUACGGAGACUACGCAAGCAAAGUCCAGCAUCACUGGAACGCGUCCUUGACUGAUGCAGAUGACGCGUGGGAUCCCGUUGACUUGUACCGAAAGGUGUUAUCUGAACAAGAUGACAGAAGCGUCAUUAUCGCGAGUAUAGGAUUUUUUGACAAUUUAUCCGGUCUACUUAAUUCGACCGCUGAUAGGUAUCCUCGCCUCGACGGACCUGAGCUUGUAGCUUCCAAGGUGAAUGAGUUAGUCAUUAUGGGCGGCGCGUAUCCCAGCGGAUGGGAAUAUAAUUUCGGUGGUGGCUCUCCAGCCUUGACGGCUCACGUCAUUAGUACAUGGCCGGGAAAGAUGACGUUUUCGGGCAGCUAUCUCGGAGGAAAUAUUACAUCUGCAGCACCGUUAUCUGUUCAGGCACCUUCUACGGAUCCCGUUGCUGCAGCCUACAAGUGGUAUAUCGGCUACAAUAUCCCCUUCUAUUCAUGGGAUCCUAUCACACUACUUUAUGCCAUUCAAGGUCUGGACAACUUCUUUGAAUACGGCAACUCAUAUGGCUACAAUAGUGUGAAUGCCUCUGACGGAUCGAAUGCUUGGGUCAAUGACACGAGUGUGACAAACCAGCAUUGGAUCGUUCUCAAGGAUGGGGUCACCAACACCACUCUAGGAAGCGUCUUGGAUAAUCUAUAUUUAAGUGGGGCAUUUCGCACAUGGGUUAACAAUGUAGCAUGA